CCUUGCCGUACAAAGCCAGCCUUAGAGCCAAAACAGAAACUGCACACCAACAAGCUCUAGGGUCCUCCCUUUCCUCCCCGGCGUCUAAAGGGGCGGGUGGAAGAAGAGGCGAGGGCGGGGCUCAGCCUUUCCUGGUAUCGGAAGCCGCCCACGUUGAGGACACAGAGGAGUCUUGCGGGGUCUCCUAGGUGUAGUCGCGGCGGUGGCUCUUCUGCGGGAAGAUGAUGGCGUUCGUCCCAAGCGGCCCCGUGGCCCUCUGCGCCUUUCUGUUGCUGCUGCUGCAGUCCGGCGGUUUCUGUGAAAAUUGCAAGGCAUACAAAGAUUCCAAUAAUAAUUUAUAUUCAGAAAAAAAAUGUCCAGACUUCUGCUGCGGAAUCUGCACCUACCGAUAUUGUUGCUCAGAGACUUCUCUGCAACUUGAUGAAGAUGAUCAACUUAAAUGUAAUUUGCAGCCAUCAGAAAGGACAGAUCUGCCAGUCAUGGGAGAAGCAAUGAAACUGAGGGACUAUGAUUGGGAGUAUUCUCCUCCCAGUUUUGGAACAUUUUUAGGCAUCGGAAUUGCAUUGUUCGUUCUCUUUAUGGUGAUUGUCAUUCUCUGCUUCACAUGUUCAUGUUGCUGUUUGUAUAAAGCAUGCCGAUCACCACGUCGGCCUGUUGUUACCAAUACUACAACCACAACAGUGGUGCAGGUGCCAUAUCCUCAGCAGUCCGGACCCCCACCAGGUUACCCUACAGGAGCAUAUCAAGGAUAUAAUCCUCUGCCAGUGCAACCACAACCUGGAAUGCCAGUAGCACCCUACCCAACCCAAUACCCUCCACCUUAUCCCACACAGCCGGUGGGACCACCAGCUUACCAUGAAACAAUGGCAGGUGCUGGGAUUCCUGUAACACAACCACCUUAUAAUCCAGCUUACAUGGAUCCUCCAAAGCCUUCUCAUUAAAUUGAUGUAUUGCAGCUUUUCUAUGCACAAACUUACACAGACUGUCUUGUGGCACACUUUCUAAAUACUACUCUGUUACAUAGAGAGAGAUAAAAUAAUCCCAGAAACAGUAGUCUUUGAAAAUGCCUUAAGUACCACAAGAAAAAAAAGAUCCUUCACUUGGAUUUGCUUUCCUAUACCUCAAGCAAUUAAAAUAAUCCAGACAAAUAUAUAUAAAAGGAUUAAGAAGGAGCACUUGAGAAUGGGAAUUAUAGAUAUGUCAUACAAUACUUUGAGGUAUCAUAAAAGAUAAAGGCCCUGAUAAGACAAAUCGCAACAAUUUAUUGCUGUAACUUUGCUAAUCAUUAUUACAGUUUAAAAAUAUGUACCUCUUUAAAGGUCUUUGUAAAAACAGGAUAAUUUUUCCAAUUUAUUAUCAUAAAGUUAGUUAAUGAAAAUAAGUAAUUUCAAGGGGAACUGGUCUUGGGUAGGAUGUUGUUUAGUCUUUGGCAAGAAAUAACAUAAGAAUAUUUCUGUAUUUGACCUGUGGCCAACUGUCAUUGUCAUUCACUUCACUAUAACCCUUCUAAACUUUCUAUGUGGAUUUCACCACACAGCUCCAAUAUUCUGUUUACUCCUAAUAAGAAAUGUUAUCUUUCUGCUGAAAAUAUACCAGAAAUCAAGUAUCUAAUUAAUACUGCAUGAGGAUUCUUGAAUGAGAAUAUUAGUGAUCUUGGUUGCAUCAUAUAGUGAUGUUUUGUAGCAAGUUGAUUUCUGCCAUUUGAGAAUAAUUCAUUUUUCAUCCAAUAAGUAAUCUCUCCAUCCUUGCCUACUAGACUGCAUAAUGGAGCAAGUUCUAACCAUGAAAUAUAAUCUGAGUUCUUUCCCGGAACAUAUCAAUUAUCUUUGGUGUUUCGGAAUGUUUAUAUUAAGUGAAACACUUAAUUUGAAGGUGUAUCUUUAUUCUCUUCCAAAUAUUACACAAGAGGAACAUCUACAUUAAAACCUUUAAAGACGAAAAACAAGCCCUAUGUAUUACUCAACAUUUUGUUCUUUUAUUCAGAAUGGUAAUUGUUCUGUGGGAGGUCUGGCAGAAUUUAUGAAAAUAAUUAUGAGUGAAAGAACAUUUCUUAUUUGUAUGAUAAAUUUUGUAAAUAAAAUUAUGCAAUCAGUUCCUGGGGUGCUUUCAGCACUGCAGACUGUACAUGCCAAAUAAAGAAUUUAUACUUUAUAUAAAUUGGGAAUGGAAAGCAACCUAAAUUGAAACUGAGCAUGUGUGUGUGUGUGUGUGUGUGUGUGUGUUAUUUUUUAAUUACUGCUGUCCAGAGGUAGAAUACUUCUAAGGCAUAUGAUAUUACUGAUUUUAUAUUGUUGAAUCGGUGUCCAACCACCUUAAAUUCUUUGCUUGGAUCAAUGGUUUGUACAAUUUUAUUACUUACGUUACACCUAUAUACUGAAAAGAUUUUUUAAAUUUCAUUAUUUACGCCUUUUAAAAUGCUAUUUUUGAACAAACGGUUGUGUUCAAUUCUAGACACUUGCUGGAAGUCUGUGCUUCACUCUCAUAUGUAGUAAUUGCAUUUCUCAAAAAUUGUAGCUCUCUAUAAUGUACUUAAAAGAUGUAAUUUAGAGCGUAUCAUUACUUGAAGCCUUCUGUUCUUCUUUACCUUUCAUUUCUAGUAUUACUUUGCAUACACACUCUCGAAAUCUAUUUAGGGUACAUAAAAUAGGCAGUAAGAGUAUUUUGCUUUUUGAGCUCUUUUUUUUUAAAAAAAAUUGAAAUUGUGAACCAAAAGCCAGACUGAAUAAUAAAUAUCCAGCAACAUAAACCGCACAAACAGUUUUGUUUAUCCAAGGAGCUCAGUACAGUACUGCAAUAGAGGUACCAAGAACAUCACAACCCACUAUUUGUAUGGUGUGCAAGCAAGCCGUGAAGAGCCAUGCAACCAGUCUAUGUACAUCUCUGAUUCUGGAGCUGCAUUUCUUCAUUGAUUGUAAUUCUUGCAUUUCUCCAUGUGAGCAAGCUAUGCUUUCAGAAGUGUUAUUGUAACAUUUGUGCCUUACAUAUUUUCAUUGCAUUUUUCUACUCAAGACGUUACUUGUAAAAUGGUAAAUCUGUUUACAUAGGCAUAGACCUGUAGGAGACUACAUUGUAGGAGACUACAAUGCACUUUUUCCUAUGUGUAUUGUCCAGAUUAUUAAAAUGUAAAACAACAAAGGUUUUCACUCUCACGCCAAGUUUUAACCUGGAAUGUGAGCAAAGCCUGUAAUAUAUGUGAUAUUUCUUGGUGACAAAGAGAAAUAUUUAUCGAUUUCCAUAUGUUAAAAAGGGAAAUAUGUCUAAACUUUACUUUUCUUUUUGAUGUGUUAAGUAGCAACAAAAUGCUGAAAAACCUUCCCCCUCUCAAGAAAAGCCUCAAGGAGAUGAUGGUAGGUCUCUUAUUUCAGCCUGGCUAUUAUAGUGCCAGCAUGCUUGAAACCUGUCCACGCCCCAUCAUAAAGUUAUUACAUCAUAGUACAGCUCCACUCACCUUCAUCCCUAUACUAUAGCCAUUAUGUUGAUUUAUAGUAUGGAACCUAUAGCAAAUGUGAUAUUAUUAAAGCCUGUAUUCUUACUCUGGCUUUCACUUUGUUCUCAGUACUCAGUAGAGUGGGGUCUUUUUGUCUACAAAAACUGUCGACAGAUUGAAUAAUUUCUGCUCCAUUGUGACCCAGUUCAUAUAGUCAUAUGGUUUCUGUGGAAAUAUUAUGAAUAACUUGUCUAUAAAAGUAUUUGCUUUUGUAUUGACAAUCCUGCAGUUACUCAUAGGAGUUCUGUUGACCUCAACAGUGCAUGCAUGUGAGUAUUCAGGCCUGAGAAACUUUGUGUGUAGAUUAUUAUUUUUAUUGGUGUGGAAGGAAAAUUGAAAAUAAGCUUGAAAUUGUAGGUGUUCUGUGUUUAUUUUUUUAUUGUUAAUUCUGAAAGUGCCUUUUUGCGAAGUUUUCUAACUGCAUUAGUAUCGUUGUCAUACUAUAUGAAUGAUGUACCAUGCAUUUCUUUUUGGCUCACUUUUUAAAUAAUUGUGCUUUGUUUCUCAUAGUAAACAAGCUCUAUUCAAAACAA